GACCCACGAUUAUUUUAAUAUAAUCUUUCAGUUUAAAUAACCCCUCGGCGAGUUAGUAUCGGUAGUUACGUCCAGAAUGGGUUUGGAAGUAGUUAUAUUGUUUGUAGCUCUUAGCUAUGUUUUGGGUUCACCCACACCUCAACCCUACGACACAAUUGUCAUUGGGCUGGGCUCCGCUGGUACCACAGCUGCAUCAACUCUGGCCCGUGCUGGAAAAAGGGUUCUAGCUUUGGAAGCUCAAGAUCGCAUUGGUGGGAGAGUAAAUACGGUGCCCUUUGGUGAUGGACUCGUGGAAGUUGGAGCAGAAUGGAUCCAUGGCACACAACAUAGCAGAGUUUACGAUCUGGCAAUAGCUAACAACGUAACAUUAAUGUCACAAGAUUCCGAAUUCGAGGCAUACCGCUCCGAUGGUACCACCUCAGACGCGCAGUUGGUGAAAGAGCUCAUGAUGUACUGCUUAGAAGUGGCUGACACCCCGUCUGAGGAGCAGGAGGCAUUGGGGCAUUAUAUUACUAGAAAACUAAAUGUGUACUUACAAGAGAAACACCCAAAAAUUCUAGAAAACCAAGAUUUUAUGGACAGUUUUCUCAAGUUCAUGAAUUUUAUAAUAAAUAGCUACGAAGCUACUAACGACUGGAAUGAUGUCAGCGCGUAUACGAAAUACGAGAGCCUGGAGGGAAACCAACACAUGAGCUGGCAUAGAUACGGUUACAAAACUUUCUUUGAUAUUUUGUUGGACAAAUACAACAACGGCCCCGGCCUGCCAACCCUGGAAAUAAAGCUAAACACAGAAGUGACAAAGGUCACAUGGCCACAAGACCCUAAAGAGAAUGUAAUAGUAACGACAAAAGAUGGAACCACUUACACAGCCAAUAAUGUUAUUGUUACGAUAUCGUUGGGUGUGUUGAAAGAACGAUACACAACCUUAUUUUCUCCGGAGUUGCCUCAGAAAAAAAUUACAGCUAUAGACAAACUAACUAUGGGUGUUUUAGACAAAAUAAUUGUGUCCUUCGAAAAGCGCUGGUGGGGAGAUGCCCUCUUGGAUUUCUUUCUUUUGUGGAGACCAGAAGAUUUGAAAGAUCUACCAAAAGACGAUUGGAUAACGAAAAUCGGUGGUAUUAGUAUGCCAAUGGGUUCGAAUAAUACUCUCACUCUCUGGUUGAAUGGAGAUGUAGCGAAAUUGGUAGAAACACUUCCAGAGGAGGAUGUAAAGAGCAAAGUCGUUGAGUUGCUGAGGCGAUUCAUGGGGCACAAGUACACGAUACCUGAACCAACAGGUAUGAUACGGUCGACAUGGUUCACAAACCCAUUCACCCGUGGCAGUUACACAUACGACAACCUGGAUGUCCCAAAUCACCCUACAGCCCGUUCAGACCUCGAAGCUCCACUCCUCGACUCAGCCAUGAAACCAAGAGUUCUGUUCGCUGGUGAAGCCACUAAUGAGAAGCAUUUCGGCACGGUACACGGGGCCAGUGAGACUGGUUACAGAGAAGCUAUGAGGUUGUUACCAAAUGAUAGUAACGUUUAAGAUGAAAGUCAGAAAGUAGUCUUGGGUUGAUGCGGAUUUGAGUCAAUGCAGCGUCAAGGCGAGACAAUCUCGGACUUGAAAUUUUAACUAUGUUCCAUUUUUUAUUGGACUUUUUAAAUUACAACACUCAUACAAAUCUGUUCAGGUUUAAGAGUGUAAAGUAAAACCGUGUUAAUGUUUUUGUAAUUAUUAAAUAAAUUAAAAAAUAUAUGUCGAUAAUGAAAUAACCGGUUUUUUUAAUUCCGUAUUGCUUUUGUCUGUGCCUUUUGACGGUUUCUUCUCAGUCUACCAGGUUUUUUCCCACCCUCUAAGACCAGGCGCCAUGGACUCCGUGUAUUGCUUAGCUUAGACUAUGGAUU